AAGAGGCAAUAUAGUACGUAAAAACUACCACCGGAGGUUGCCGUGACGCCUAGGUAAACAUGCGCAUUGUAAACAACUCAAACCUCUGGAGUCUAGUUACAUUUUGAAGGUUACGCAGUUGCGUACGCGACCAAAGUCUUUUGUUACAAGAUGUGGCUACUAGUAUUCGCUGGAUUUCUUUGGGUUGCUGGAGUCAACUGUACCGCAACAGACAAAAUCACACAACACAUUCUGUCUGAUGUUGUUGCUCUAGCAUCGGAGUUAGAAGAACUGAAGCAAGAUGUGGCCUGGCUGAGAACGAUGAGACACAUUGAAGAGGAAAACGGGCGAAGCGGUAGGCAAUUGUCACCGAGAGUCAACAACACCGGACCCGUCUAUACGACAUACAACAUCUGGGGAAGGAGACACUGCCCUACGUCUUCCGAGGAGAUAUACAGCGGAGUUGCAGGAGGCGAAUACUACUCCCAUACCGGAGGAGCCUCCGAUUUCCAGUGCUUGCCAAUGGACCCUAUCUACGCACGGACAGCACCCAAUGAGCAGAGCACCAGGGGACUGAUGUACCCGGUACAGUACAUGGGGAGCUGGCCUAACAACGCCGCCUACACCGCUUCUGUCAAUCACGACGUUCCCUGCGCUGUGUGCCGGGCUCGCCGCUCAACCCACAUCACUGUACCAGCCCGUAACGUCUGUCCUAGCGGGUGGACGCUAGAGUACAAAGGUUUCCUUUUGGCAGCGUAUCAACACAGUUCGAGUUACGAUCGUUCACAGUAUAUCUGUGUUGACGAGCUAUUUGAGACAGUUCCUUCGACAGGAUCCAGUGUAUAUGCAGCCCAGCUUUUCCCUGCAGAGGGCAAAUGCACCUCAGGCGGCGGGCUGCCAUGUUCACCUUACAUUGAGGGGUAUGAGCUUACCUGUGCCGUCUGUAGCAUCUAGGUAUUUCUCUAAGUCACACCGUGGCGGGGAUCAAUA